AUGGCUACUGCUACUCUACCAAACGAUGAUUUUUACUCAAACACUGAUGAUAAGUCUCUGGAAAUAUUCUCAAUCAUUUGGCUCGAUGCAAAUGUGAACGUUAAAGACACUCGAGAGACAGAACAAAAAUUACGUUCUAUUAUUAAUCAUAUCAAGAAAUUUCAAGAUAUAAAACAAUGUCAACAGUAUAUUGAACAAAGAUCAGAAGAAGAUCGAUUAAUACUUCUUGUUAAUGGUCAAUUCGGACGGGAAAUAGUACCCUACAUUCAUCAACUUCGACAACUUAUAUCAAUUUAUGUUUAUUGUAUGGAUAAGAAGAAUAAUGAACAAUGGACUUACAACUUUACAAAAAUAAAAUCUGUUGUUGUUGAUCUUAAUGGACUUGUCACUCAAAUUACAACAGAUCAUAAAAUUCAGAAAAAGGUAGAAGAACCAUUGUCAAUCAAUAUUUUCACAACAAAUAUUGGUGCAGGUAAAUCAACAACAGGAGUUAAUGGACAAUUUGUUUUUUCUCAAAUUCUCGUUGACUGUCUUCUACAAUUAAAAUCAAGUGAAAUAGACAAAAUUGAACUUAUUAAUCUUUGUCAAAAUGAAUAUGAUGGAAAUUAUACCGAACUAAACAAUCUUCUUGAAUUUCAACAAGAUUAUUCGCCUAAUAAAGUGUUAUGGUGGUACACAAAAGAAUCAUUCUUCUACAAGAUUCUUAAUACAGCUUUACGCACACAAAAUAUUCAUAUGAUUUUUUUAUUCCGAUCAUUUAUUUAUGAUAUUUAUCGUCAAUUGCAAAAAUAUCAAUCUAAGAAGGUUGUACGCGUUUAUCGAUGUCAACUAAUGUCAAACGAUGAAUUAAAUAAUCUUAAACAAAAUAUUGACCAAUUCAUUUCAGUAAAUUCAUUUUUCUCCACCAGUGAUGAACGUUCAACAGCACUCUUCCUUCUAGGUGAUAUAACUACACAGAUUGAUUUAGAACGAGUGUUGUUUGAAAUUGAUGCUGAUCCUAAGAUAGUUAAUACAAAACCAUUUGCUGAUAUUAGUCAACAUAGUGAUUUUCCAGAUGAAUCAGAAGUUCUAUUUAUGAUUGGUUCCAUUUUUCGUCUUAAUAGUAUUGAUCGUGGUGAUGAUCAAAUAUGGAUCAUUAAAAUGACUCUAUGUAAUGAUGAUGAACAUGAUUUAAAACAAGUUCUUAUGUAUAUGAAACAACAAAUUGAAAAUGAAGAGACAAAUCUUCGGAGAUUAGGAAAUGUAUUAUGGGAAAUGGGUAAAUUUGAUUUAGCUGAAAAAUAUUUUAAUCGUUCGUUGAAACAACUUCCAUCAAAUGAUCCAUUACAUAUCAGUUUAUACGAAGAUCUUGGUAAACUCGCAUCACAGACAGGUGAUUAUGAUAUGAGUAUGAAAUGGCGUCAAAAAUUACUUACAUUCAAAGCGGAAAAUUCUUUAGCUAGCAAUGUUAUUGUUGAUAAAACAAACAAUUCCAUCAGACAACUAACUUUCUGCAAUCAUAUUAAUAUUAACACAAAAUGGAAACAACAUGGAAUUACUAUUGCUGGAGGAAAUGGAGACGGCAAUCAAUUAAAUCAACUUCACCGUCCUUGUGGUAUCUAUGUUAAUGAUGAUCAGCAAACUAUUUAUAUUACUGAUCUGAUAAAUAGUCGUAUUGUCGAAUGGAAAUAUGGAGCAAAGAAUGGUCAAGUUGUUGCUGGUGGAAAUAGAGAAGAAAAUCAAAGUGAUCAAUUGAGUUGUCCAGCAGAUGUGAUUGUUGAUAAAAAGAAUGAUUCUCUUAUCAUUUGUGAUUUUAUAAACAGACGAGUGGUACGAUGGUCUCGUCAAAAUGGUACACAUGUAGAAACAAUCAUUUAUGACAUUCAUUGCCAAGGUCUAACAAUGGAUAAUAAUGGAAAUCUUUAUGUUUCUGACUGUGCGAAGAAUGAAGUGAGACGAUGGAAACAAGGAGAAAGAAAAGGAACAAUAGUAGCAGGUGGAAAUGGACAAGGAAAUCAUCUCAAUCAGCUGGAUAAUCCUACUUAUAUUUUCGUUGAUGAAGAUCAAUCAAUUUAUGUGUCCGAUCAUAAGAAUCAUCGUGUGAUGAAAUGGAUGAAGGGUGCAAAAGAAGGUAUUGUUGUUGCUGGUGGAAAUGGUGAAGGGAAUAGUUUGACACAAUUGUCUAAUCCUGAAGGAGUGACUGUCGAUCAUUUGGGUAAUGUUUAUGUGGCUGAUUGCUACAAUGAUCGAAUAAUGCGUUGGUGCGAAGGAUCUUAUGAAGGUAGUAUUAUUCUUGGUGGAAAUGGAAAGGGAGAACAAUCAAAUCAGUUCAAUGAGCCCACAGGUUUAUCAUUUGAUGUUCAAGGUAAUCUCUAUGUUGUUGAAUAUUGGAAUCAUCGAGUACAAAAAUUUGAUAUUGAUUUCAGUUAA